AUGUCACUUGGAGUUUCAUUUGAUGGUUGGCCUGAAAAUCCAAGUGCUGUAGCCGCCUCUAACUUGGUAAAAAAAGGAUUUUAUGUAAUUACUGCUGCUCCUAAUGAUGGUUUUAGUGGACUUUUUAGUAGUGGAUCUCCCGACUCUGGAAAAGAUGUUAUAACCGUUGGUUCUGUAAAUAAUUUCAAAUUCAUUACAAAUUACUUGGUGCCAAGUACUCAACCAAAGAAAAAGAUUGCUUAUUUUACAAGACGUGUGGGAUUGAAAUUCGACCUUGAUGGUCCAUUAGAGAUUGUCCCAACCAGUGAUGCUAAAGAUCCAGUAGAUGAUGCUUGUAAUCCAAUUGCUAAAAAUCUUACUGGAAAAUUGGCAUUGAUAAGACGAGGUGGAUGUUUCUUUGACGAUAAAAUUACAAAUGCUCAAACGGCUGGUGCACUAGGUGCCAUCUUCUACUUCAAUGUAACAGGCCCUUUUAAACCAGCCAUUAGUUCAUCUAGUGUACCAAUUGCAAUAAUCUCCAAAAAUGACGGUGAAUAUCUAAUAAAACAAUUCCAACAUAGCAAAAAAAUCAGACGCAACCAAUAUUACUACAAUCACAAUCGACGAUUGAGAGUAACAUUCCCCAAUAAAACGGCUGUUUUCAAUGACAUAGAAGGUAAUAAUCCUGUUGAUACAAGUUCUUGGGGUCCCACUUUUGAAUUAGAUAUUAAGCCGGAAAUAAUGGCUCCCGGUGGUAAAAUAUUCAGCACGUUACCUGUGGAAUUUGGUUCCUAUGGAACUUUCUCUGGUACAUCUGCCGCUGCCGCUUAUACCUCAGGUCUUGUCGCUUUAUACUUGGAAAAUUUUAGAAAAAAUCCACACAACAAAAUCAAUAUUGAUCCACUCAUUUUAAAAAAUAUUCUGAUUUAUACUGCGGAACCAUAUAAAUCUUCAAAUGAUGGAAACCAUAAAAAUAAAAUCGUUCUGCCAGUCACCAAGCAAGGAGGCGGAUUAAUUAAUCUUGAGAGAGCGUUAAAUACCAAACUUUAUAUAACACCAGGAAAAUUAUCGCUGAAUGAUACAGUCAGAUUCACUGGUACAGCAACAAUUAGCUUGACAAAUUUCAGUCAUAAAACAAUGAAAAUCACAUUGGAUCAUUUACCAGCCGGAUCCGUUAGAGGUUUCUUCAAUGAUACUAUUGUUAAUACUGGAGAUAUGUUGAUCAAUAAAUUUUAUGCUAAAGUGACAUUUCAUAAAAAUACAAUCAAAUUACGUCCAAGAGAAACAAAAUCAAUCCAAAUAAGAAUCAAAGAGCCUUCACAAUUAUUGCCAAGCGAAUUUGGAUUAUAUUCAGGAUUCAUAAUCGUCAAUGAUGAAUGUAAUCAUGAAACUUACAGCGUACCCUAUCAGGGAUUAAAGGGAAAUUUGACUACAAUGAAUCUAAUUUCAAGUAAUCCUACGUCACCAUUCUUGUUAUCACCUGAUUUUGAUGAAUUGUACAACGAGACUGAUGAAGCAACCUAUACAUUCCAAGAUGAUUAUGAUCAUAUACCGAAGGUCUAUUUCAGAUCCAAUCUUGGUACGUCACGUUGGGUCUUGUAUGCCGCUGUGGCGAACGAAAAUAUUUUGGAAACUGUGUUUAUCGAUACCUAUACAUCUCGCACUUCAAAUAAUGAGAAUAAUGAAUAUACGAACCGAUUCACUGAGUUAAAAUGGGAUGGGACGGUUGCUGUAAAUAAUCAAAAUAACGUUAGACGUAAGCUACCAAAUGGUCGGUAUCAGUUAAUUCUUGAGGAAUUGAGACCUUUUGGCGAUGUAAAUAAUCCAAAUCAAUAUGAUCGUUGGCGAUCUCCAAUAAUAGUAAUAAAUAGAGAUAUAUAA